AUGGGAAAUCAAGAAAACACCGUUCUAGGAGCAGAAGUGUCUCGAAAAGAGAAUUACGUGACCGUUUACGUCACCUUCAGUCCGAGGCCAAGUGCUUCUCCGGAGCCACCAUUGGUCAUUCGGGAUGAUGCCAUUACCGAACCGUUGGUGGACGAGAAUAUUCUCUCUUUAGAGAAUAUCCCUUUAGAUAUAGACGAGUUUGCUGAUGUCCUGGGGAACGACGGCCCGGUCAAGUCAACACAGGCUGCUAACUUACACGAGGCAAUUGCGUCCCGUUGGACCCAUAUUUUACAGAACGGUGUCUCAUUAGAAACCCUUCAAAAGCUGAGUGAACAAUAUAGCAUCCCGGGAAACUGUUCACUACUUGCUCCUCCUGUGUUGAACCCCGAGAUCCUUUCGGUUCUAGCGAACGACAGAUCAGCUCGGGACAACUCCUACAAGGAGAUUCAUAGCAGAACUGCUACCGCUCUGACUGCCAUGGGUAGAGCGAUGUCGUUACUUUUACAGGACAGCUCAAUUGCUAAGGACCUUCGAGAUGCCAUUUUAAUGCCUUUGGGUGAUGCUAGUCGUAUUUUGGUAAAUUCGCUUUUUGUUAUCUCCGAUACCAGGCGCAAAUUGAUAGUACCAACGCUCAAUAACAAUAUAAAAGAAGCUCUAGAAAAGACCAAGCCAGGGGAGCUUCUCUUUGGCGCCAACGUCUCUGAGUGCGUACGGGACGCAAAAUCUAUACAGACUGCAGGGAAGGAGCUAAAAGCGAGUACCGGGACAAGAUUUUCAACAGCCAGAGGGGGACGGAGCGAAAGUUUUCGAAGACGGGAUUCAAGAGCCUUCGCUACUGAAAGAGAUGGCCGUCCUUUAAACCGCUUCGGCCCGACCCGUCACAGAGAGUUACAAACGCUAAUUCAGUGGAUAGAAGGCUAUGAACUACCUUUCGCCACCCCACCAAGUUUUUGCAUCGGGCACUUACCUAAAGUUUGGACAGCCCAGAAUUUAGAUAUGUUUGAUGCAAUCAAGUCUCUACUAAAGUCCAAAGCAAUAGUGAGGUGCGAGUCUCACCCGGGACAGUGUGUUUCCAAUAUCUUCCUAGCGGAUAAACCCGAUGGCGGGAAACGUUUCAUUUUGAAUUUAAAGUAUCUUAAUACUUUCCUAGAGUCUCCCCAUUUUAAAAUGGAGGACAUUAGAACUGCUUUGAGACUCAUCAAAAAAGACUGCUGGUUUACAUCCAUCGAUAUUAAGGACGCCUACUUCCAUAUACGAAUCCACCCAAAUUCUAGGAAAUUUGUAAGAUUUGAGUUUGAUCGGCAGUUAUACGAGUUCACCUGUCUGCCAUUUGGGUUAUCUCCCGCGCCCUAUGUUUUCACUAAACUCAUGCGCCCGGUAACACAAUGGCUGCGAUCUCAUAAUAUUUUGUGCGUGUGCUACCUGGACGAUAUCUUACUAUUGAAUUCUUCCUACGAUGGCUGCCUCCGUAAUACUAAGGUAGCAGUCGAUUUUUUGCAGUCUCUGGGAUUUUCCAUUAACUUACAAAAAAGCCGGUUAAUCCCUAACAAGACCAUCAAAUUCCUGGGCUUUAUGCUCGAUUCGGAGCAACUCACAAUUUUUCUGCCAAUAGAAAAGAAAGAAAAAAUAAAGAAGUGGACCAGUAAAUUCUUGUCUUUGAAACGCUGUAAAAUUCGCGAUUGGGCAGGUUUUAUUGGCUAUCUGGUGUCGGUCUGCCCGGGAGUCAAAUACGGGUGGUUACGUACCAAAAUUUUCGAACGGCACAAACAUUUGGCCCUCCAGCGAGACCUUAUUUGGUGGCUUACUUCAAUUGACGCUGCUUUUAAUGACAUUAGGAAGGAUCAAUUUGUGCUGGAGGUUUUUUCAGACGCCUCGCUUACUGGUUGGGGUGCUUGCUGCGGAGAGAGUAGAAUUCGUGGGUGGUGGACUCCUGAAGACAGACUACAUCAUAUCAAUUACCUAGAGCUUUUAGCAAUUUUCUUUGCACUUAAAGGUUUUGCUUCGUCCUGCUCCAACAGCAACAUCUUAUUAAGAUGCGAUAAUACUACUGCGUUAUCUUAUAUUAAUAAAAUGGGGAGCAUUCACCAUUCAGCGCUUUUUGAUCUCACAAAGAGGAUUUGGGAAUGGUGUGAGGAGCGAAACCUUUGGCUGCACGUGUCCUAUAUCAGCUCUUCGGACAAUUGGAUAGCCGACAGAGAAUCCAGGAGCCUAACACCCGAAACCGAAUGGAGCUUAAGCAACAGGGCGUUUAAGGUGGUGACCAAACGCUUCGGGUUACCAGAGAUAGAUUUGUUCGCGUCCAAAAACAAUCACAAAUGCCCUAUUUAUGUUUCCUGGCAAAGGGACCCUGAUGCCGUCAAGGUUGAUAGCUUCACUAUUCAAUGGAGUAAUCUGGCCUUCUAUGCUUUCCCUCCAUUCGCCUUGAUCUUAAGAGUAUUGCAAAAGAUAAUCGACGACAAGGCUGAAGGAAUUGUAAUUGUCCCAAGGUGGGAAAAUCAAGCCUGGUUCCCACUCUUUUCUAACUUAUUGGCCCAAGAGCCAAUCGUUUUUCAUCCUAGUAAUGAUUUGUUAUUUCAUCCUUACAGCAAGCAACCCCACCCUUUGGCGAACAACCUUUCUCUACUGGCGGCCAGGUUAUCAGGGAAGCGUUUACACGAAAGGAGCUGCCAAAAAAUGUAG